GGCGGAUACCACUAGAUUGGUGGGCAAAAAAAAAGCUAUAUCUAUCCUUCAACUUCAAUCCACACGCUUCCAUUUUUGUCCCCACCAUAUCCGUACCCAUUCCCACCUCACGAUUAUCGCCAUGCCCAUCUUCUUCUUCCUUUAGUUCUCAAUCCACCAUUUUCUAGUUUUUUUUCUUCUUUCAUUCUUCCUUCUGGGUAUGGCUGUGGCUAUGGCUUCCUGUGGUUGUACUAUCGGUGCUUACACCAAAUUGGUGGCAUUUGAGAAACAAUCCAUUUCCAAAACUGCAUUCUUCGGUUGCUCUUCUGGUUCAGAUCCUGUUAAACAUCUAUGCACUUCUUCAAGAUCAAGAUUGUCAUAUUCAUUGAGUACUAUGAUUCCAAAAGCAUCAGCCACAGCUAUUGAGGGUGGAAGUUAUCAGGAUACCGAUGUGGUUCCGACACCCAAAGUGAUAAUUGACCAGGAUUCGGACCCGAAUGCAACUGUGGUGGAGAUUACCUUCGGGGAUCGCCUUGGAGCUCUUCUUGAUACUAUGAAUGCUCUCAAAAAUCUUGGACUGAACGUUGUCAAAGCAAACGUUCAUUUGGAUUCUUCUGGGAAGCACAACACGUUUUCGAUCACUAAAGCCACAACCGGCCGUAAAGUUGAUGACCCUGAGUUGCUUGAGGCGAUCCGUUUGACAAUUAUUAGCAAUCUUCUUGAAUAUCACCCGGAAUCAAGUGCCCAAUUAGCCAUGGGAGAAGCCUUUGGAGUCGAAGCACCAAAAGAAAAGCUUGACGUCGAUAUUGCAACCCGCAUCCAGGUAUACGAUGAUGGUCCCGAUCGAAGUCUGCUCUCAGUGGAGACAGCAGAUCGGCCCGGAUUACUGGUCGAUCUUGUGAAGAUGGUCACCGAUAUAAACGUUGCAGUAGAGUCAGGAGAGUUCGAUACCGAGGGUUUGUUAGCCAAGGCCAAGUUCCAUGUCAAUUACAAGGGAAAAGCUCUCAUCAAACCGCUUCAACAGGUCGUAGCCAAUAGUUUACGAUACUUUUUGAGGCGACCGAGCACCGAAGAGUCGAGUUUUUGAACAUAAACGGGAUCGAAUCGAAACGGGAAAUGAAAGUUUAAAUGAACUAAUGAUGGUGUUGUUAUACCCCUUAUGCUAUAACAUUCAGGAGUUUUCAUUACCAAUUGUAAAGUUAUAUUACAUUUACAUGAUACCAUAAAAUCGCCAUUUAUGGUCCUUCAAAUGUUACCAUAUUACAUUCUGCCCCCUUAACUUUAUGAAUGUUACAUUCAGCUUCCUA